UAUUUCAAAUUAUCCUUCAGAUGAACGUAUACGUGCAUAACCUUUCAUUUAAAUUAAAUGUAAUGUUUUAGUUGAUAAAUCGAUCAAAUGGUCCUUAUUUAAAUUUAUUUAUCUAUAAACAUUUUAUCUAUGAGUCGCUAUAUGUCAAGAUCAGUUAAAGUGUUUAUCUAUGGCGUAUCCCGAUGUAUCGUUAUCGUAGUUAUUUGCGAGUUCGAGUCCUCUACAUAGUCUCCGUGAAUUACGACAUUACAAAUAAUGACAAAAAUAAUAGAAUUACGUCCUGAUAGAUCUCUUUUAAAUCCACGUUUUGAAAAGUAUCAAUUCUCACCAGACAUUGUUCCUGUGAAAUCUGAAAUAAGUUUGGAAAAUGAUGUAUUUAGGUUAGAAUUGAGUCCCGAUCAAGAAUCUUGGUUGGAGGUAAGGUUAUUUGCACUUCACAAUCAUUUAUUUAAAAACCCUUAUGACACAUCAUGUUGGUUUAUGGAUAAAGAAUAUAUAAUUUGGCGACUGAAUAAAAAUGGAUCUCUUCAAAAAAUACAUAAAUUAUAUACUUCUAAUACUAAAUCAUCAAAGUCAUUAUACAACCCAUCGAUUGGAUUUACUGUCAACAGCGUUGUAGUAAUUUCUAAUGGAGAUAACAGGCUCCAUUUAUUAAAAGAAGAUAAAUCUGGCCAUGUUAAAGCAUUUCUGUUAGAAGAAGCUGAGCCUGGAGUUAUUUUAGAUGUUCGAUAUGUACAAAAUAAAUCUCAAGUUAUUGUUACAUUAUCAUCUAUUGCUGAUGAUAAUGGAAAAAAGUGUACAAAGCUUAUAUUAUUAUUUUAUACUUGGCAACAAUCUGAUAAAAAUCAAGAAACUUUUCAUUUGUCUAACAAACAAGUAUUAAAGGUACGAGGUACCGUAGAAUAUGUAUUUAUAGAAGAAAAUGGUGACCAUUUACAUUCAAUUUGUCAAAAUAAUAUUACUUUUGAAUCUAACAAUCAAACAAUCACAGAAAGUAGUAUAACGGAUAUAGGCGAUAGAGAACAUAUAAAAAUUCCUAAAUAUUGCUGGUCUCAAGAUGAAGAUUCACUCACAGUUUGGAUUAAAAUACCUGAAAAAUAUUAUCAAAGUCAGGCAAAAGUUAAUGUAAAAUCAACUGAAAUAUUAAUUACUGUAAAUAAUAAUGUUUUAAUACAAGGUGAAUGUCAACACAGAUUAGAUGAGAAACUUACAACUUGGAAACAUGAGAAGGAUACAUUAAAAUUGGAUUUAGUAAAGUUUCAAAGUGGUUUAAUGUGGAAUGAGUUAAUUAAAGGCGAUACAGGGGGUGAAUGUUUGUCAAAUGAAUCACUGGCAGCUGAAAUUCAUUCUAGAUUAGCACAUCUAUGCUCUGAAAAUCCAGAUGCACCUGGUGGAGAAGGUCAACCAUAUCUAGGAUUUAAUUCUGAACAAUUGGAAGAAUGCGACAUAGAAGGAAAAGAUAACAUUUUGCAAAGAAUAAAUCUUAUAUCGCAGAAAACGACACAUAUAGCCACUCUUGGAACAAACAAUCAUGUAUUAUUUACAUAUAAAAUGAAAUUUGGACAGGCAAUAUGUCUCAGACAUGAUCAUGAUGGCUGCCUUUGGAUUACGGAUAUUGUAGAAGACACUGUAUGGAAUAUAAAACAUACUACAACAUUCCCAGGUUUUGGUUAUGUUGAAGCAAGUAAAAGUAAUAAAAAAUUUUGUGUAUGUUCUCCAGAUGGUUCUUAUGUUGCCAUAAUAGAACAUACAAGACAUGUUUUUCUUUAUGAAAAACCUGAAAGUGGUUCCGAGAUAAGUAAACAAUGGAUUGUAGAUUUGGAAUGUGAUCCUUCAUCUUCUAUCAUAAUGGGAGCAGUUGCUACAAAUAAAUAUUUAAUAAUACUUACUAAAAACAAAUUAUACCAUUUACAAAUUUAUCCAUAAAAUUUUAUAUACUUUUUACUAUACUCUGUACAUAUUGAUUGAUAUUUUGUGUAUACAUUAACUAUGUAUAAAUUGUGUGCAUGUAUGUGAAUAAACGCGUGCACACACGCACAUAAUACCCGCGUACAUAAUAAAUAAUUUGCUCGAUCUCUGUUUUAAUGACAAACAUGACAAUGUUAAAUGAUAUCAUACAUGAUUAAUAUAUAUUUGGGCAAAACAAAAUAUUGCUAAAGAAAUAUUAUAGAAUAAAGUUGCAUGCAUAUUGUAA